AGCAACGUACCUUGAAAAACUGUGCCCAAGUUUACGGAGUCGAUAGUUUGUCGAGCAGUUUCCUUUAACGAUAUGGACACAAAGGUAAUUCUUCCUGUCGAAGCAGAGGGAUUCAUUCAAAGUCUGGAAACUUUCCCUCUCAAGGAAGUGGGCUCUACCAGGUGGUUCAGACAGCAUGAGUACAUCGAGAAACUUAACAUGCAGGCAAUACUGAAUGCUUCUGCCAUGCAUGAUGAGUUCGUCAAGGAGUUCCUGGUGACAUAUGGAAAGAUACCUGUUCUGGUCCAUGAGAUGAUCCUUGUCGAAGUGUGGAAGCAAAAAGUGUUCCCCAUCUUAUGUCAGCUGCAGGACUUCAAUCCCAAGAACACAUUUCAACUUUACAUGGUGAUCCACCAUGAAGCCACGAUAAUAAACUUACUUGAAACAAUAAUGUUUCACAAGGAUUCGUGUGAGGCAGCUGAUGACUCUGUUCUUGACUUGGUGGAUUACUGCCACCGCAAACUCACCCUGCUGGCCAGUAAAGCAACCAGGGAGGGCACCAGGGCUCAUGACCAACAUAAGCUGACAGGGAAAACAGAUGUAUCUUCUAUAGAGGAGUUGCAGAUUCAGAGCUCUGCACUGGAGUUUGAGAUCUCCCUGAAGGCUGUGUCUGUGCUGCGCUACAUCACAGAUCACACAAACAGUAUCAGUGUUAUCAGUCGCAUGCUGUGCACCCAUAACAUGCCUUGUGUACUGGUUCAGUUGAUUGACUGCUGCCCUUGGAGUCGCUGCAGAGAAGGUGAGGUAGAGAAAUACAUAGGCAGUAGAUGGCAGAAGAUUCCUGUGGAGGACCGUUUAAAGAUGACAAAACUGGACGGCCAGGUCUGGAUUUCACUUUACAAUCUGCUGCUAAAGGAAGAUUGCCAAAGGAAAUAUGACUUCAACAGUUUCAACAAGAAUCAGCUUCUAAAGCUCCGAGGUUUCUUGACAGAGGUGCUGAUUGAUCAGCUGCCAAACCUGGUGGAACUGCAGCGUUUCCUGGCUCAUCUCGCAGUCACAGACCCAGCCCCUCCAAAAAAAGAGCUCAUUUUGGAGCAGAUCCCAGAGAUGUGGAGCCACAUUGUGAGUGAGAAUUCAGGGAAGUGGAAGGCAAUAGCAAAGUAUCAAGUGAAAGAAACAUUCAACCCAUCUGAAAAUGACCUGAGACUACAGGCACAGAGGCUGGCCCAGACAUACAACUUGGAUGUGAUGGAGAGUUUACUCCCUGAGAAGCCAAAGUGUGGAGCCUGUGGGAAAGAGGCUGCAAAGAGAUGCUCUCGGUGUCAAGGAGAAUGGUACUGCCACAGAGAAUGUCAGGUGAAACACUGGCCUAAACACAAGAAAGCUUGUCAGCUCAUGGCCGAGGCCACAGAGAAGAUCCAGAGGGACCUGAACAUCACCAGCUGAAAGAGAAACUGCUGAAGCACAUGUAUGAGCUGGAGGUGGAUGUGAAACAAUGGGACUUUUGAG